AUGGGAAGUGGCGCCUCUGGUAGGGCCCCUGGGGGUUCCGACGUCCCUGGAAGGGAUCCUGUGGUCGCCGAUGAUCCUGGGAGAACCUCUGGGGUCACUGCCAUCCCUGCAGGUGCCCCUUGGGUUGCUGCCGUCCCUGGGAGAGCUCCUGGGUUUGGCAAUGCCACUGAGAGGGCCCCUGGGGUCGCCGCUGCAACUGAGAGGGCCUCUUGGGUCUUUGCUGACCUUGGAGGGUCCUCUUUUAGCGCGGCUGCCCCUGGGAUGGCCUCUGGGGUCGCUGCCACCUGUGUGAGAGCCCCUAGGGACGUCGCCGCCUCUGGGAGGUCCCCUGAAGUAGCUACUACUCCUGGAAGGGCCCCUGGGUUUGCCGCCGCCGUUGGGAGGGAUCCUGGGAGUUCCGCCGCCCCUGGGAUGGCCCCUCAGUGCGCUGACUCCCCUGAGAGGACCCUGACCAAGGAAGCUAUAGGGCUCAUGGGAAGUGGCGCCUCUGGUAGGGCCCCUGGGGGUUCCGACGUCCCUGGAAGGGAUCCUGUGGUCGCCGAUGAUCCUGGGAGAGCCCCUAGGGUCGUCGCCGUUCCUGGAAGGUCCCCUGCAGUAGCUACCGCUCCUGGAAGGGUCCCCGGGUUUGCCACCGCCUUUGGGAGGGAUCCUGGGAGGUCCGCCGCCCCUGGGAUGGCCCUCCACCAAUCACAGUUACGUAAGGGAUUGCAUGACGUAUGCAAUAUGUACGAUAAAACUACCAAGCAAGCUAUAGGGCUCAUGGGAAGUGGCGCCUCUGGUAGGGCCCCUGGGGGUUCCGACGUCCCUGGAAGGGAUCCUGUGGUCGCCGAUGAUCCUGGGAGAGCCUCUGGGGUCACCGCCAUCCCUGCAGGUGCCCCUUGGGUUGCUGCCGUCCCUAGGAGAGCUCCUGGAUUUGGCACCGCCCCUGAGAGGGCCCCUGGGGUAGCUGCCGCCCCUGAGAGGGCCUCUUGGGUCUUUGCUGACCUUGGAGGGUCCACUUUUAGCGCGGCUGCCCCUGGGAUCGCCCCUGGGGUCGCUGCCGCCUCUCGGAGAGCGCCUAGGGUCGUCGCCGCCCCUGGGAGGUCCCCUGCGGUAGCUACCACUCCUGGAAGGGCCCCUGUAUUUGCCGCCGCCGUUGGGAAGGAUCCUGGGAGUUCCACAGCCCCUGACAUGGCCCCUCAGUGCGCUGACUCCCCUGAGAGGACCCUGGUGGGUAGCCGCAUCUUGUACAGCAAAUGGGAAAGCGCCAGGUGGCACUGUCCCCUCCACCAAUCACAGUUAAGUAAAAGAUUGCGUGACAUAUACAAUAUGUACGACAAAACUACCAAGCAAGCUAUAGGGCUCAUGGGAAGUGGCGCCUUUGGUAGGGCCCCUGGAAGUUCCGACGUCCCUGGAAGGGAUCCUGUGGUCGCCGAUGAUCCUGGGAGAGCCUCUGGGGUCACCGCCAUCCCUGCAGGUGCCCCUUGGGUUGCUGCCGUCCCUGGGAGAGCUCCUGGGUUUGGCAAUGCCACUGAGAGGGCCCCUGGGGUCGCCGCUGCCCCUGAGAGGGCCUCUUGGGUCUUUGCUGACCUUGGAGGGUCCUCUUUCGGUGGGGCUGCCCCUGGGAUGGCCUCUGGGGUUGCUUCCACCUGUGGGAGAGCCCCUAGGAACGUCGCCGCCUCUGGGAGGUCCCCUGAAGUAGCUACUACUCCUGGAAGGGCCCCUGGGUUUGCCGCCGCCGUUGGGAGGGAUCCUGGGUGUUCCGCCGCCCCUGGGAUGGCCCCUCAGUGCGCUGACUCCCCUGAGAGGACCCUGGUGGGUAGCCGCAUCUUGUACAGCAAAUGGGAAGGCGCCAGGUGGCACUGUCCCCGUAGGGUUCCAGGGAGCAGUUGUUUUUCCACCAUUCAAAGCAAUGUGAGAUAUGACGUUAAAUAA